AUGUCAGCUCCGGUAUCCGACAUCUCGCUCUCCUUCCUGAUCAAGCGCUAUCGCUUGAUUGAUCCUUCGUCGGGCGAGGCUGCAACUGUAGCCGCAGAGAUCAAGAAGACACUGCGCUCUCCGCGCCUCUUCGACCAUCUGCGCGCUGUAUCGCCUACUCUUCCUAAUGGAAGUAGGCUGAAUUUUGAAUCCCGCUCAGUAACUCUGGUUCUGCGGAACAUACACGCCCUUAAGGACGCUCUCAACCUGCCUGAUAACUUCUCCGAGGCUGUUACUGACGGCGUCCGUCGUAUAUGGCACCAUCUGAUUCCAUGGCUCGACUACCUUCACCCCAUGCACCAUAUUGGUACGGAGAGGCUGAAGGACAUCCCGCUUGAUACAAUGAGCGCGAUUUUCUGCCACCUUUUACGCAUGAAAUUCGUCUUGCUCGACCUCGUCGUACAAACGCCACUGGUGUAUGGCUUACUAUUCGUCCUAUGGCUGCGAAUUGGGGACUAUAUCUCCUCCCCCAGUGCGCGGAAGUCCAUCUUUGUAUGCGCCAACCUUCUCGAUGAAGCCGUGCUGAAGCACGCCGUAUGGCACUCCGGCAUAUCCCCCGCUAUCGUCGACUACAAGCUCAUAGACCAGUCCCCCUCGAAGGCGUUCGCUGGGCGACCCGCGACCGCACUCGCAAGAUUUAUACUCGCAUUGUGUCGCACUGCCUAUCUCAAGAAUAAACUUAAUGCAAUUCAAUUCUUCUCCGAACCUCUUCCGCCCGUGCGCACCAUGCCGCACGAAGUAAUGAUCACACUCGUCGACCUCCUGCUCGCGAUGCAGUCACUGGCAGCCGAUCCGACAGAGUCGCCCGCCGCGAUGGCGGCGAAGAUCCGCAGCGUGGCGGAUGGCAUCUGCUUCGCGUUCACGUCGAUCUGGAAGAACUCGGAGGAUCGAAGGGCGCUGGUGUGGUCGCUGCGAGCUGGAGUCCUUCCGCUCACCAUCGCGCUGCAUCGCGAGCAGAAGACGCUGCGGGUUACGGAGGCUCUCCGACUGAUUGCGAUGGAGACUGUGUAUGCCGAAGUUGCGCGCGAGCAUCCAGAGAUCGCAUCUGAGGAGCUACUCGAGAGUGCAGCAGUAGCUGCAGUACGCGAGCGCCUUGACCUAGCGCGUGUGAGCUACCAGAAAACGUGCUCGUUCAGUGGAUGUCGAACGACGGUGGCAGGAGGCUCAGGGGGGAGUAUUCGCCGCUGCCCCUGCCUCUCAGUCUACUACUGCUACAAAGACUGUCAAAAGCUCGAUUGGCCCACGCAUCGUACCGAUCACAAAUCGGACACCUACGGAGUCCCUUGA